UAAUAUUUUAAUGUAUAUUUUAAUUUGUUCAUGAUCAUUGAUAAAUGUCAAAAAUUGUUCAGCUUGUUUGAUAAAAAUACCAUCAACAUUUUGAUCAAGAUUAAAAAUGGGUCUUCACUUUGGUAAUCUUGCCAAGAUCAGAGGUGUUGUCUACUUCAGACUCAGUCCAUAUGAGCAAAAGGCAUUCGCUGGAGUAAUCAGUCAUGGUGUCCCCAACAUUAUUCGCAGAAUGAGAGAACAAGUAUUCCGAGUUGUUCCACCAUUCAUCAUAUCUUACAUGGUUUAUUCUUGGGCUAAUGCUGAACACGAAAAAUUCAUCAGAAAAAAUCCAAAAGACUAUGAAAAUGAUGUUUAAAUAGCUUGGCAAAAACAACUAGUUGAAUAAAAAAAAAAACAAACAAACAA